AUGGCAUCAAACAGUACUGUUAGUAGCAGUGCAUCGUUUAUCAUUGAGCUUCAAAAUAUAUCCCGUUAUCUUAGUUUAUCAUCUGGGUAUUUCUUGUUUGUCACUGGUCUGGUUGGGAAUUUUCUUAAUAUGCUUACCUUCUUUUCACUGGGUCAUUACAAACAAAAUCCUUGUUCACUUUACAUGCUUACUAAAGCAAUGCUCGAAUCAAGUGCUCUGCUCGUUGGUCUUGGUACACGUAUUUUAUCUGCAGGUUAUCAAAUUGAUUGGUCACUUACUAAUCGAGCCUGGUGCAAAAUAAGACGUUGUUGGAUUCCGACAAAUAAUGUUAUCUCAUUUAGUUUACUUGCUAUGCAGUCAAUCGAUGUAUUUCUGUGUUCUUCUCCAUCUGCCACGCUGCGUCAGAAGAGCAACAUCAAAUAUGCACGUCUUAUCUUGAUUGGCAUUUUCAUCUUUGGCUUUCUUCAUUCAACACCUUUUCUUUUCUUUCAAGAUAUAGUCACAUCAGCAUCAGGAGCUACUUCAUGCAUUACAAUAAAUGCAGCUUAUAAUCAAUAUCAAACUUAUUUUCUCAAUCUUUGUCUUUAUGUCAUUAUUCCAAUUGCAGUAAUUUCCAUAUUUGGUCUACUCACUUACUACAAUAUACAUUCGUUGAAUAAACAACAACAACAACAACGACGUACACUAUCUACACUCUCUCGACAAAUGACACGAAUGUCGAUGUACAAUAUUGUCAUUGUUAUUUUGUUCGUAGCUCCCUAUGGCAUUAUUCAAUUAUAUGCGUUACUAACAACUAGUAUUGCUAAAACAUCUUCUCGGAUUGCUCAAGAAAAUGUAGUGUCUACAUUUUCUUCGAUUUACUUUUAUGGUGCCUUUUCCGUAAGUUAG